GUUCUCACCCCCAAUUCUCUCUCUCCUCGACCAUUUCUCUUCGUCUCCGUUUACUCGCUCCGCUCCUCCUCCUCCUAGGGUUUCAUUUCGCUCCCCUCCUUACGCCGCCGCCAUGGCUCGCCGAAGCUCCGGAGGAAGGUCGGCACCUCGUGCUGCUCCACGGGCCGCUCCAGUAAGAAACCCACCUCAACCAGCUCGUCAGGCCCCACCUCCAGCUCCUGCUCAGGGUGGUGGAUCUAUUCUCGGAGGAAUUGGAUCCACAAUUGCUCAAGGCAUGGCUUUUGGUACGGGUAGUGCUAUGGCACACCGGGCCGUUGAUGCUGUUAUGGGCCCCCGAACCAUUCAACAUGAGACUGUAGCCACUGAAGCUACUGCUGCUGCAGCUACCCCUAUGGGUAAUGCUGUUGGGUCUGAUGCUUGCGGCCUCCACUCAAAGGCCUUUCAAGAUUGCGUUAACAACUUUGGUAGCGACAUCAGCAAGUGCCAGUUUUAUUUGGACAUGUUGAACGAGUGCCGCCGUGGAUCCAGUGCCGUGCUGAAUGCUUAAGUCGUAAAUCUUAUUCGCCUUUUAUUCCUCUGCUUCUGUUGGCUUUAUUAUUGGACUUCCUAAUAACAAUGUGGGGAGCACUGAAGGACUGUGCUUGAAAUAAUUAUUACCGACUUUAAGUGGCAACUUAAUGGCUGUAUGCCUUGAGACUGUCAGUUCAAUUUAUACCUUCAGAAGUACUUACUAUCUUCGAUGGUGUUUUGUUGGUUUUUACAACGAAUAUGCUUGUGUGUUGGUCCGUUACGCUUUUCUCAAUCUGAGGUCAUUGGAGAUAAUUUUGUCU